AUACAACUCGAGUUUAUCUUCACGUGAAAAAUAAGAGUAUAUGGUGGAGGAGAGAGGUAAGAGGAAGUGAAGUGAAUUAUUGUUUGGACUCAUGGGGGCAAGUGCAUCGUCGUUGGAGGAGUGCGAGGGGGGGUUUACUCUGGAGGGUAUGCUGGAGCAGACCAAUCGAAUGUUGCGUGAAGCGACGGAAGUUAUUAGUAAGUGUUUGCAGAUGGAGGAGAAUGAAUUGGAGGAUUUUGAGAAACGGGCGGUUACGCAGAUAGAGACAGCAUUCCAAACCAUUCAAGAAAAACUAUCCGAGAUAUCGAAGCGUGGAGCAAUAGCACGUGAGUGCAUCGAUCAAAAAGCAUCAGAAUUCUUAAAAAUCCGUACAACAAUGAAAAGUAACCUUCUUGACUGUUACAACAAGCACAAAAAAGCAGUUGAAAAAUUGAAAAAUGAACGUUCCUCCAUGCACAAUGAGGCGAGUCAAUUCAAGAACGAUGCACAAAAGAUGCUGGAGAGUUGUAUGACAAGUGAAGAUCGUCUCAAUUGUCUGAGAAGUAGUAUCGCUGAAUUGGCUAAACGAGGAAGUGAUCUAUUGAAAAAGUUCGAUGCACUAGUCAAACUAGAAACUGAGACACAAAUAAAAUGGGGUAAAUUGGUGGUUGAAUGCGACAAGAAAGCUAUAGAGGAUGCACAGAAGCAGGCAACUAAAAUCAUUGAGGAUAUCGUAAAAUGCUGUCUAGGUGCUGGAAAUACUCUGACCAAAUUAUAGAGGUGCCUCAACUUUUCUUCAUCUCGCACUAUGAUGAAGAGAACUGACAGGAGCAGGAUUCACUUUUUGUUAUGAUAAUUCUUCUUUGAAAAGUGCUUUUCUUCCCGAUGAUAGCUACAUUCAGAAUUUUAUUGCCGAUCCGAGAUGCUGCAGUACUUCAUGCAGGUCAGCGGACGUUAUGA